GUGACUUUAGCGUGCCCGACGUAGACCACGUACCCAUCGUCGUCUGCGGUUAAUGCUGAACAAAUUAUAACAAAAAAUAUUCACGUUAUUACAACGCAAAAAGAGGUAGCAGAAAUGGCGAGGUACAUGAGGCCUCCUAAUAGCUCUCUCUUCGUGAGAAAUAUCGCCGACGAGUCCAGGCCAGAGGAUUUACGUCGUGAGUUUGGUCGUUAUGGGCCUAUUGUAGAUGUCUACAUUCCACUUGACUUCUAUACACGGCGACCAAGAGGAUUUGCUUACAUUCAAUUUGAAGAUGUCCGGGAUGCAGAGGACGCUCUUCACAACCUGGACCAUAAAUGGGUUUGUGGCCGACAGAUCGAGAUCCAGUUUGCCCAGGGAGACCGCAAGACUCCCAAUCAGAUGAAGGCCAAGGAGCACCAUUCUCCUCGCAGUUCAUCUCGCUAUGACGAUGAUCGAGAUAGCCGGAGAAGACGCUCUCGCAGUCAGAGCUAUGAUCGCCACAGGUCUCGCAGUACAUCUUAUGAUCGCCGUCCCAGAAGGUCUGAGAGUCCCAGAGACUCCAGAUCCUAUAACCGGCACAGACAGAGCAGAAGUCACGAGAAUGAAAGCCGGCACAGAGGUCCCCCCCAUGAUCAUCAGAGGGGACACCGUGAACCAGCCUCCCGUAGCCGCUCUGCAUCCCACUCCCCUUCAGCCUCCAGAUCUAGACCCAAAGGCAGAAGGAGCCCAUCCGGUUCUCGAAGCCCAGCCAAAGAGUUCCACACAACGUCUGGCUCCCAGAAACAGUCUGUUGGGCGAUCUCCUUCACGCUCAUACUCCAGAUCCAUGUCCCGGUCACGCUCCCGCUCCAGGUCCUGGGCUGGACGCAAGUCUGGAGGCCACUGACUGUCCUUUUGAACCUCAUUUUAUCAGCCUCUAAUUGGAUCUUUUAACUCAGUUACUGAUUAUAACUGGUGUGUUAUUCUGUGUUUGCAUUUAUCAUUGUAUUAUGGAGGAAACUGUUGCCAAAUGAAAGCGGGUGGUGUGUUUUUCAAACAGGAAACAAGGGUUUUUGUUUGUUUCAUGUCGUUUCAAGGUUUCAUGGAAGCAGUCAGUACCUGGUGUGUUUUUUGGAAUGUAGUAUUUUGGUGGUGCAAAUUAUAUUUUUGUAUUAUGAGUUAGGAAUAUUAAUAUUCAUACUUAGUUCUUAAUAUCCUUUCCUCAGUAUGGUUGAGUGUGUUGUUUGUAUAAAACAGAAUAAACAACUCCCUGGUUCCAUUCA